UGAACGGAACUUCCUUCCUCUCAUGGCCGCGGAAAAAAAAAAACAGCAGGCUUUUAUAAAUGGGGACUAUGUGGAGCUGUCAGUAGCCCCUUCAACUUCAGAACGUCCAAUACGGUUUCCACCACCGGCAGCUUCACUAACAUCGACAUCAUGAUCACUACAACUCACGCACGGCUCGUUUGUGUUCUUCUCCUCUGCGCGCUGGAGGAAACAGUGCUGUCGCAGCGCGGACAUUGCACCGGGAAUCAGUGCUUUGCGUUUUUCCAAAUCCCCAAGGACUUUGCAGGCGCGGAGAAAAGCUGCAAAGACUGGGGUGGAGAGUUAAGUCCCAACUUGGAGCCCUUCUUCAAGAUCCUGGGGACUGUGCCCACAGGGAGGUAUUGGAUUGACCUGCAAAGCCCCGACAGGUCGGCAAAGGAAGCCCUCCAAAGGUGCCCCUCCAUCUUCGUGUCGAACAACACGUUGCAGUGGGAGCCGUGCCGAAGCAACCUGACCGGGUUCCUGUGCCAGUAUCAGAUUCAGGAGUCUUGCAGUCAAUUGCCAACAGGCAGUGACAUUCAGGUGAAGUACACAGCGCCUAUGAAUUUCGAGGUGGACAAUUCGGAAACCUUCCCACUUGGAACCGUCGCUGAAGCACAAAAGGUUGGCACCAGAUAUCUAGACACAAAAUAUGUGUGUUACUCAACGUCUUGGUUGCAAGCUCCCUGGUUCUGCGAGGUGUUUCUGGGCGGCUGUGAACACAACUGCAAUAGUAAAACACAAACCUGCACCUGUCCUGCGGGGAAAACACUUCAUCCCAACAACAUUUCCUGCUCUGAAGGCAUGUGCGAGGAAAACCCGUGCACGCGAGAAGGCGAGCAGUGCCUAAUCACCCCGGGAGGAUUCGAAUGCAUCUGCAAAGACGGAUACGAGAAUGAAGACGGAGUGUGUGUGAACGUGACAAUCUGUUUUGAUUGUGAGCACACGUGUGAGAAAUUCGACGGGGUUUAUAAGUGUGUGUGCAAGAAGGGGUUUAGGGUGUCACCCCACAACCCCCUCAAGUGUGAGUUGUUGUGCACCGAGAGAGACUGCUACAACACCUGCAUCUCAGGGGAAAAUGGUAAGUAUCAUUGUUUCUGCGCCAACGGCUACAUUGAGGACAUAAAGAACAACACACCCUACUGCACGGACAUAGAUGAGUGUGAGAGCUGGCAUUGCGAUCAAGGGUGUGAGAAUUUAUUCGGUGGUUUCAGGUGUUCAUGCUUCGAGGGGUACAACAUGGAUCAAGUGAAGAAAGUGUGUGUUCCCAUUGAACAUGAUAAUGAUGGAUCAGGCUCUCCUCCUCCAUACCCGACCUCAGCCGACUCUAUCGUGGUCUCAGUGCCCACUUUCAUCAAAACCGGCAGUGUGCUGGGCAUCACUGUGUUCAUGGCGCUGUGUGCAUUGCUGCUGUUUUUCCUCAUCCGAAAAGUGACCAAACACUCCUGCAAAUUCAAGGUUUCCCAAUUCAAACACCCAGAUAUUGAUAUUUUCUACCUGCAGCAGGUGACUGCGGAGACCUAUAAGAGGCUAUCCUUCGACAAACAGUCGAGAAAUGACUCGUAAAUACUUUAUCCGCUUGUUAAAGAAGUAUGCUGCUCUUACACUUUUUGCUGUGUCACAUUCCACUGGUUUCUUUCCUCUGAGACACCAAUAAUGCAGUUAUCCACAUCCUGUGUUAAUGGGAAUCUGAUUAUUUAUCCAUAACGCUGCACCACAUCACACACUGUAAAGUCAUAGAUAUGGGACUUCUGAAUGUAUUUUAGAUUGCUUUAUGGAUUGUUUUCACUGUAAUUUGCCCAAAGCUUGUCAACCUUUUUGUUACAAAUAUAGAAAAUGAAAACAUUUAUUCGUCAGUUAAGCCAGUUUACUAAAUAUGACAAAGUCUAAUACUAUUUUUUUUUUUUUGCAUGAUAGCUUUUGUAAUUACAGAGUGUUUAUAGAUUAUGUUAGAUAGAAGAUACCCUAAUCGUCCCUCAGAGUGGAACUUUAGAUUCUGCAUUUUACCCAUCCUAGUGUUGGGAGCAGUGGGCUGCCAUAUAUACGGCGCCCGGAAAGCAGGGUAUGUUACUACAGAAGCAAUGAUUUUUUACUUUGUCACUGUAAAACACACUGUGUCUUAGUCAUGAUACUCAUACACACACUGCAUCUGUAAUUUGCAUAGCUGUUAUACUGUUUGUAUACUACAUCAUAUAUGUAUGCUUUAUUAUAUUUUGGUAAAAUAACACUUUGAACUUUACCAAAAGAUUGCAUUAGUUUAGUGUUGUCUUUUUUACCAGGGCUAAAGGUUUAAAGGACGAAUGUUAGCUAAUGUGAUAUGUUAUGGAAGCAUUUGGAUUCAUGACAUUUGAUACUAAUGCUUAGUAUAUGUAGGUUUUGUCCGGACCACUAUUUAUUUUGGGAUGUAUUGGUUGCUAUAGGUAAUGUGUUUGAUGCAUAUGACUAAUGGCAGUGAGUAUUUCCCGACCAUUUCCCAUUUAUAUACCUUACGUGAAUCAUUCAAAAUGACUUAUCCACAUUCUAAAAUCCACAAUGUUCAUUCUUUCAAACUCAAGGAAAGACACUAGAGGUAAAUACAUUUCAGUACAUAGUUGUAUUACUCUUACUCAAAGCAAGGAUUCUCCACUUGAGUUUUAUUGCUAUCCUUAUUCUACAGGUUUUAACAGAGGCGAGAAUUCUCAUUGUAAUAUAACAUUGAUUUGCAAUGUUUUAAUGGCUGUUGACUACUCACUGAUGUAUGGAACGAUAAAAAGAGAGAAAAAAGUUCCCUCUGUAAAAACCCAACACUCGAAAAAGUCAACAAAAUGAAUAACCUGGCUUGUGAAUAUGUUCUGUACGCAAAUUAGAACAUAUAGUUAAGGAAUUGUUUGCAUAUUUAAACACAUUUUAGUGGUGUAAAUAAUUCUUCUUACCCUUCUUACCUGACUCAACUCCAUUUAAAAGUAUCUCUGGGUACACACUUUGGAAAAAAAAUCACUUUCUGAUCCACUGAACAUAAAAGUCGUGACUCUACAGGUCCUCAUCCUUGAUUGCAAUUCAUUCUAAAUCCUAAUUCUAACAAGAACACAUGACACAGUUACAGUUCUGUUGGGUCAUGUGCAUCACAGCAAAGGAAUAUAAUUCCCAAGGUCUUAACUGAUAAUGCUACACUGGAAGAACAUACCACUGACAUACAUGAGGUUGAAUGUUGUAAGCUUUACUGUUCAACAGACUGCUCUAGUUACAGAUGCUUUGAGUGAUUAACAAUGAAUGUCAAACUGUGCUGCUAUCCCAUUUAGAUAAGAUAUGAACUGAAAAAAGAACUACCUUCCUUGCAUUGUCACUGUUCUCUUUUUCUGUUAAUGACAAAUACUGUACAUUUCAGUCAUAGAGAAUCAAUACUACACAAUAAUAAAAGUUUGGAGUAAAUGCGAUAGAUUGACAGGCUUGUUUAAAAACAAAUCUGUAUUUGUGCAUAUUGUCCAUCAACAUAUAUAAAGUUUGUCUUAUCCUCUGCCAUAUUGUAACGUAUAUUCUUAAGCAAUGUUGGGGAGAUAUAGAUUACCUGCAACAGUUGUGUAAUGAAAUUACAUAAUACAUGUCAUUUCCGUCAGUUACUGAUUAAGAAAAGGCAAUUAAAUGACAAUAACCACUACAAA